CAGUACGAAUCCGGGAGCGUGACCGUGUGGUUGUGUAGAGUGUUUAACCGAUUUGCGUUAUAAAGGUUGGCAGGAGUAUCUUUCCACAACUGACCAAGUGUUUACCGAGGCCCUUACUGCGUCUCUAUACAUUUGACCGCCCAGCUUUCAAGUGCUGCACUGUAAACUGUACAAUCAUGCUGCGACAAGUGCGUAGAACGGAACUAAUCUGCUUCGAGCAGCUGAUGGCGUCGCGAACGCAAAACGCGGUCCCGCUUCAGAGGAUCGCCAGAUUCCAUCAGAGCCGACCGUCGCCGGUGAACGAUCGACUCUUGGCUCGUCAGCGCGAUGCAUUCGUUAAAAUGAGUGCCAUCCAGCAAAAUGGUUUCGGCCAUGCGGCACCGCAGGUUAAGCCGCGGCCCAAAUCACAAGCCGUCUUCGAUCGUGAGGAUAAGUUCGGAGCACACAACUACCAUCCGCUGCCGGUGGCUCUGGCCCGUGGCGAAGGAGUGUACGUGUGGGACGUCGAAGGCAAGCGAUACUACGAUUUUCUAAGCGCUUAUUCGGCGGUUAACCAGGGCCACUGUCAUCCGAAAAUUGUUAAAGCCUUGGCCGACCAGGCGCAGGUGCUGACGCUCACCUCCAGAGCGUUCUACUCGAACGUACUCGGCGAGUACGAAGAGUUUGUGACCGGACUGUUCGGCUACGACAAAGUGCUACCGAUGAACACGGGUGUAGAGGGAGGGGAAACGGCUUGCAAAUUGGCACGCAAGUGGGGUUACAAGGUUAAGAAAAUUCCCGACAACAAAGCGAAGAUCGUAUUUGCCGAGGGCAACUUCUGGGGCCGCACUCUAGCAGCCGUUUCUUCUUCGUCCGACCCGACAAGCUACGCUGGCUUUGGACCGUUCAUGCCAGGCUUUGAGCUGAUACCGUACAACGAUACGAUGGCGCUGGAAAAGGCACUACAGGAUCCGAAUGUCUGUGCGUUCAUGGUGGAGCCGAUUCAGGGCGAGGCCGGGGUGUUGGUACCGGACGAUGGAUACCUGACGGCUGUGCGCAACCUCUGCAACAAGUACAACGUGCUCUUCAUUGCCGACGAAGUACAGACGGGUCUCGCCCGGACCGGUCGCUUGUUGGCAGUUGACCACGAGAACGUUAGACCGGACGUACUAAUUCUCGGGAAAGCGCUUUCCGGCGGAGUUUAUCCGGUGUCAGCCGUACUGGCCGACGACCCGGUGAUGCUGUGCAUUCAGCCCGGUGAACAUGGUUCGACGUACGGUGGCAAUCCGCUCGGAUGCACCGUGGCGAUCGCUGCUCUGCAGGUGCUGAUCGACGAGAAAUUGGCAGAGAACGCGGAACGCAUGGGCCAGUUGUUACGCAGCUCAUUGAGCGAGCUACCCACCGAUGUAGUUUCGAUCGUACGCGGCAAGGGACUGCUGAACGCCAUCGUCAUAAAUCCGAACUUCGAUGCCUGGGAGGUGUGCGUAAGACUGAAGGAGAACGGUUUGAUCGCCAAACCGACGCACGGUGACAUUAUUCGUUUCGCACCACCCCUGACCAUUGACGAGGAACAACUGCACGACUGUUUGAACAUCAUCAAAAGUACCAUUAUGUCGUUUGUGAAGAAGUAAGGACGACCGCGUUGAAAAAUGUGGCUGAGAAGCCUCCGGAACGAUGUUGGGUUAGUUAUAGGAAAAACGUUUGGAAGAAAACAGAAUUGAUUUUUGUACUAAUUGCAUAAGCAAUUUUGCAUGAGGUAAUUGAAAUUCUCUUCUAGGGAAAAAGGAAGAAGUAUGUACUACUGAAUUAACUGAAUCAAGAGAGGGCCUAAGCGAACGAUAGCUUGAAUAACGCCCGAGAAAGGCGAGACUGAUCAGCUCAAAAGCAAAGGAAACAUUGUAGUAUGAAAAGAGCCGAAGUACCUGAAGAAUCUCUGAAUUAAAUGAAAUAAAUAAGGACUUUAAUAAUGUCAAUAAAUCAUCAAAUUAAAUAAAUAAAGCUAGUUUACAACAAUUCGGUGAUGUGUCAA